GCUGACGCUGCAGCCAAUCGCUGGCCUUGUGAGUACCCGUCCCCUUCCUGUUUAUGUUAAAUCAGUAUUCUCGCGUGUGUGGAAGUGAGUGGAGCAUGUAAAGGUUUACUGGAGCUAACAAAGGUCCCAAAAUGAAACAGAAGUAUACCUUCUGGGAUAAACUCAGUUUGAAAUGUGUUCUGGUGGGAGAUAUGAGCGUUGGCAAGUCCAGCUUAGCUGCUAGGAUUUCUUCGAGAACAUUUAAAUCGGACUAUUCUCCAACUCUGUUUGACAAUUAUUCAGCCACUGUGACGGUACAGGGUAUCCCGUAUCAUCUGAAUAUAUUUGAUACAGCCGGUAAGGAGGACUUCACGAAGGUCAGAGUGUUGUCAUACAUAAAUAGUGAUGUGUUCUUGGUUUGUUUCUCAAUUGAUGACGUCAAAUCACUAGUUCACGUUCAGGAAUCAUGGGUACCGGAACUACGUCAGCAUUUACCAAACACACCUUUCGUACUUGUUGGAACGAAAUUAGAUGUACGAUUCCAAAAGCCCGAUAUUCAGGUUGUCAGCAGUUCUUAUGUGUCUACAAAACAGGGUACAGAGUUAGCGACGUCAGUAGGGGCCUACAGCUAUGUAGAGAUGUCCUCUCUCAGUGCAGAUGGUGUAGACGAUUUGAUAAAUGAAAUAGUGGCGGCCGCAAAAGCUGGCUGGGAAAGGAAAUGUGCUCAGAAACAGGAAUGUCCUUCUUGUGUAAUUAUCUGAGAUAACAUGUAAUUCCAAAGAGACAUCCCGGUGCUAUUUUUGGAAAUGACGAUCCAAAUGUCAUUUCCAUGUUUGACCCAUAGUGGGGUCGUAAUACUCAGAUUUUUUGUAUCUGAUUUUGUUUGUCUUUCAAGUAAUUUUUGAAGUAUUUGAUGUGUAUUUGUGAGAUGUGCUCAUUGUUUAGAAUUAUUAUUUUUAGUCGUUAAAUUAAUUUUGAGAUUAAAAAUGAAUACAAUACCA